CAGACGCGUGAUCUCGCGAGUUUUAAAGUCAUCUCUGCAUAGUUGCGGCUUCCUGAACCGGGUCCCGAAACGAGUCGCUACCGGCCACUCAAGAAAAAUCCCUUUGCAAAUAAUUUGCCAGCGAGCUAGCUCCGUCUUAAGGGGACUCCUAAGUCACUUAAGUUAGACAUGGCUCCAAAAAAGAGACCGGAUCCCUUGACCAUAACGCCUGCCGGAGAGGGACAGUCUGGCUCCACAACCAUCGAUGCGGCAUCUGAGGCCAACCUGGAAGCCCUUCAGAAGAAGCUGGGGGAGUUGGACCUGGACGAGCAGCAGAGAAAGCGCUUGGAGGCUUUCCUCACGCAGAAGGCCAAGGUGGGGGAGCUGAAGGAUGAUGACUUUGACCGUAUCUGCGAGCUGGGAGCGGGCAAUGGAGGCGUGGUCAAGAAGGUCCGACAUAGACCCACGGGGUUGGUCAUGGCCAGGAAGCUAAUUCACCUGGAAAUCAAGCCGGCCAUCAGGAACCAGAUCAUCCGUGAGCUGCAGGUGCUGCAUGAAUGUAACUCCCCUUACAUCGUUGGCUUCUAUGGGGCCUUCUACAGCGAUGGCGAGAUCAGCAUCUGCAUGGAGCACAUGGACGGAGGCUCCCUGGAUCAGGUGCUGAAAGAGGCUCGGAGAAUCCCAGAGGAGAUCCUGGGCAAAGUCAGCAUAGCUGUACUGAGAGGGCUUGCUUAUCUGCGAGAGAAACACCAGAUCAUGCACAGAGACGUCAAGCCGUCCAACAUCCUGGUGAACUCACGCGGGGAAAUCAAGCUGUGCGACUUCGGUGUGAGCGGCCAGCUCAUCGACUCCAUGGCCAACUCCUUCGUCGGGACGCGCUCGUACAUGUCGCCGGAGAGACUGCAGGGCACGCACUACUCGGUGCAGUCUGACGUGUGGAGCAUGGGCCUGUCCCUGGUGGAGCUCGGCAUCGGUCGCUAUCCCAUCCCGCCCCCUGACGCCAAAGAGCUGGAGGCCGUCUUCGGGCGGCCAAUAUUGGACGGGGCUGAUGGCGACAGCACCUCCCCACGCCCUCGCCCUCCAGGCCGGCCAGUCAGCGGACACGGGAUGGACAGUCGACCAGCCAUGGCUAUAUUUGAGCUGCUGGAUUACAUCGUCAAUGAGCCUCCCCCAAAACUCCCGCAUGGCAUCUUCACUUGUGACUUUCAGGACUUUGUGACAAAAUGUCUCAUGAAGAACCCAGCAGAGAGAGCAGACCUGAAGAUGUUAAUGAACCACACGUUCAUCAAGCGCUCUGAAGUGGAGGAGGUGGACUUUGCCGGCUGGUUGUGCAGAACCAUGGGUCUGAGCCAGCCUCGCACUCCCACGCGCAGUGUCGUUUGAGCGCUGCCCGCCUGUUUGUCUGUCUGUGUAUCUGUCUCUGUCUGUCUGUCUGCUUAUACCUCCCCCAACCCCUGCAAUGUGCACGCAGACGGAUACCUACAUGUACAUGUAUACAUGUCAUCAUGCUGGCCACGCCGUUUCAGCGGAAGCAUACUCUAUUUUCCUGCAGUACACAAAAAUGGGGUCCAUUUUGAUAGUGAUUGCUGUAUCUGAAUGUUGUGUUUUUUUUUUUUUUAUUAUUAUUAUUAUUAUUAUUAUUAUUGUACAUUUAAGGUAACAGCAUGACGGUGUAUGUUACCAACGAAUGUUUUCGUCAAGUCCCCAAAAUGUGGGUAUUUAUAUUCACUUGGGUUUUCCUUUCUGCAAAGUAGAUUUAUUAAUCGGGUGUUAAUUGUGUGUGUGCGUGUGUGCGUGCAUUCAUGUGUGUAUGUAGAAGGGUGUGUGUAUGUUCGUCUGUGUACUUGUGUGUGUGUGUGUGUGUGUGUGUAUUCUACAACCAUCAUGUUAUGUCCUGUCUGAAAGCCAUCCUUAAUGUGUCCAAGGUAAGCGUUUCAAAAUGAGAAAGUAUGAAAUGAAAGCUGCUUUUUCUGGACUUGUAGCCAGUUCAUAGCAUUUUUACCUUCCAAUGUGCCCCCUGAUGUUGUGAUUGAAUUAGUAGAGCCUAGUUAGGUCAGUCACACUCCAAAGACUAACUAUAGAACCUCUCAAUAUAGGCUUCUUGAUUGACCAGUUUUUAUGCUUAGGACAAAAUAAUUCUCCUACGUUGCUGAAUUUGCUUCUGUGACUUUAGGAAAUAAUACAUUUUUCUAAGUAAAAUUUCUGCUGGGAUUUGAAUUUUUUUUUGUUUUCUUUUUUUUUUUUUACACAUAAAUGGAGGAUGACCAGGCAGCAAAUGACUGAGUUUGUGCUCUUGGGGAAACAUGCCUGCUUUUUAGCAGCGGGCUGUGCUCUGGGUAAAAGGCGAUUUUGUAAAAAAUUUUAUUUCCAUCCUGCACUUUACUUGGUUUUAAAAUUCGUAUUAGGGCCUGAUGUAAACGGUUCUCUCCGAGUUGAGCCUGUGUAGUUGGGUUAGGUUUUUUCCUAGACGGGGUCGACCGCCGUUCUCGCACGACUUAAGCCGCGCGCUGCAGAUUACGAUAACGCAUCGGCGCGGCUUAAAUGUUUAUGGCCGAAAAUAUUCAAGGUUAAAGAGGAGUUUGGCGUGAUGUCAUCUAGAUAGACAGCUUUCAGAGGAGGUAGCCUGCAGACCUGAGACUGUGAAUGCUGGUGACUGUCCUAGGGGGGCCCUGCUCUGGCUCCUGUUACCUGCAGUCCGGGAGGACCUUCCGGGCUUUGAAAAUGUUUAUCUUUGUCUGUCUGUGUCUGUGUAUUUCCUGUUUCUUUUCACAUUCUGUGAUAUGCAGCCCUAGCCUAAUUUAAGUACCAUUUCAGCAGAAAAAAAAUAAUCUUCCCGUGUGGAAACUGGAUUGGGUUGUGAGGCAGCAAAUCAUUCUUCUGUCACUGCUCAUCAUUCCUCAUCUGAAAAUGCUGGAUUUUAUUUAUUUACAUGUUGACAUUUUGUAUUCUGUCUCCCACUGUUUUUUUUUUUCCCCUUUUCAGUUUCCUGCAAAAUAACACUCCAUUGAACACAUUCAGAAUGUACUUGUGAUCACAAUAGGUAAUGGUUUUAUGUUGUUGUUUUUGGAAUAUGGGAUACUAAUUUUCUUUCUGUUGUCAGCUUCCCACAUUGCUGAAUGCGCACAUGUAUUCACAUGUGUACAAAAUGGUUCACGUAUGUCUUUAUAUACAUGUUUUUUUUUUGUCCUAAUUUGGCUGAUAAACAGUAUUUAAAUGUCAACAACAAUAAAGGAAAAUAAAGUGUA